AUGCGAAAGUCACAUGUUUUUGUUGGCUCGUCCCACCCAGAAUUGGGUAAACUUAUCUGUGAUAGACUGGGUGUCGAGCCAGGUCCUUGCACUCUCCGAAAAUUCUCUAAUGGUGAAACCAGUAUCGAAAUUGGUGUCUCUGUCCGUGAUGAAGAUGUUUACAUUGUUCAAUCAGGGAGUCACACUAUUAAUGACCAUAUAAUGGAGCUUCUUACUUUCAUAUCUGGUUGCAAAGGCGGUUCGGCACACAAGAUCACAGCUGUCCUCCCUUUGUUCCCUUAUUCUAAGCAGAGCAAGAUGAAAAAGCACAGAGGGGCCAUCACUGCUCGUAUGUUGGCUAAUCUUAUCAUUAUGGCCGGUGCUGACCAUGUAAUUACUAUGGAUCUUCACGCAAGUCAAAUGCAGGGCUUUUUCUCCAAACCAGUUGAUAAUCUUUACGCAGGCCCCACUCUGGCUCGAUGGAUUCGUCAAAAUGUCCCCGAUUAUAGAAACCAAGUUGUCAUUGUAUCUAAGAACCCAGGUGGUACCAAACGAGUUACUGCUCUAGCAGAUGCUCUCAAGGUAAACUUUGCCAUGAUUCACACAGAUAGAAGAAGACACAAUGACAACAGACCCCUUCCCAAGAUUUAUUCUAGUCAAAACUUGCCUAAAGAAAAAGAGUCAAGUGUUAGCCCAGUUUCAAAUGGUCCAAGAAGUUUGUCACAACCUAGAAAUGUUCCUGCUUUGGGAUCAAAAUUAAGAAUCGAGUCUUCGGCCUCUAAACCAGAUUUAGUCGAAGACGAUCCUUUUACUGAGUCUUUGACUUCUACUCAGAAAGGUUCACCACUGGCUGGUAAAGCCCAUAAUGACAUUGUUAGUCAAUAUGGUCAAAGACUUGAUUAUUAUGAUGUUGACGGAGAGGAGGAAGAGGUAGUCAAAUCCCAUGAGAUCCAUGUUGCUCGAGUUAUUCAAGGUCAUGUCGUUGAUGAUGACUACCCAUCUCCUUCUGUUGAUAGUACAAUUCAUUCUGAUGACGAUAGAGGUACUGACCAUAUGAUGGACUCUAUUCACCUAACCGACACUUCGUCUCAUGCUCUUGGUGGUACUGUGGAUGCAUCUCUUUCUGAUGAUGACGAAGAAGAUCACUAUCAUGAGGAAAGACUAAUUGCUCUCGUUGGUGAUGUUAAUGGCAAAACCGCUGUUCUAUUGGAUGAUAUGAUCGACCGUCCUGGAAGCUUUAUUGCUGCUGCUGAACAUUGUAGGUUGAACUGUGGAGCCCGUGCUGUUUUUGUCGUUGCUACUCAUGGCGUAUUCAGUGAUGGAUCUUUGCAAGCUCUAGAUGCCUGCCCCUACAUUGACAAUAUCGUUGUUACCAAUACCUAUCCAAUUCCUGAGGACGUCCGUGAGAAGUGCUCUAAACUCACUGUAAUUGAUAUUUCUUCUAUUUUUGCCGAGUGCAUCAGACGUAAUCACCAUGGUGAAAGUAUAUCGGCCUUGUUUGAACAACUAGUUAGUCUAUAA